GUUCUCCUGUCCGCCCCCCCGGUUAAUUUGCUCUCAUGCAGGUGCGUCACUUUCUUUAUGUCCGCGUUAUACCAAAAUUUCCCUUUCUACCUCUCGCCCACUCUCCACGCUUGGAAAAUGGCCCAGGGGCUCCCGGCCUUUGAUUUACCUCCCCCCAAAGGACUGGUCUGGCAAGAAAUUAUCCGUUGAGCACGCACUGUGGACCCCCGACCCCUGUUUCAAUUGUAUUAUUGAAGGACUCUCUCUAAACAUAACACCAUGGGUUUCAGGCUUCACCGAGCCCCUCUGAGCCUGGCGGAGGAUAUGCGACGAGGAGAGGCCAUGUACCUCACCUCUCGAUCAGCGACCCGAGUCACCAUGUCACCGAAGCCAUUGGCCAUAUGUACGAUGACGAUUACGACAAACGGGACUCCAGGCGACUUAGUUUCAUAUCCUCCCCGCUGAGCGAAGCCAUCACAAUCAUCCCCACCAAAAUUGCCGGCAGCGAAUCCCCGACAUCCCCACAAUCUCUCCAAGUACAGCAUCACCCAAACAACCGGCAGCCGAACGGGCAGUCAUGGUCGCACGGAGCCCGGUCCUCAGAAAGCAGCCCGACAUCUCCGGUGUCAACCAUGUCUCCCGGAUCAACCGACACGGCUACGACAUCCUUUCCCUUGAACGAUGUCGACUAUGAAUCCGACCCGGCCGCCGUAGCACAGGAAUUGAGUAACUUAGCCGCAAUUCGGCGGAUGUCCAUGGACGUUGCUGCUACAGAUGACCCCGAUCUCCCGAGCUUUUCCGUGCCAUCCAUAGCCCCCUCUCCCUCCGACGACGAAAAUGAUGCUUCGCGACUGUUUUGGGUUCCAGCCCGUUUACACCCGGAGCUGGCUCCGAAGGAGUUCAAGACUUUCCUGGAGAGCAAGGCGGAACAAAUCAAGCGGAAAUCCGGCGAUUUUUCUGCCUUAGGCCCUGAGCGUGAAGGAUCAAUCGGGGGUUUGAGGCGAAAGCGGUCUAUGCUAUCCAGGCAAAUUGACACCCCCCAAGGCUAUACGGAUGGCGCCGAGCGACUCGAACGCAAACGUUCACAAUCGAAGCGCGAUGUGUUAACCCCCAACCUACAUGAAUUAGAAACUAUAGUGGACGAUCUAGAGCCGCCGGCACCCAACGCAACGACCAUCCUCGAUGGAAUCCAGAAGCUUGGGAUCUCCACCGACGAAGAUAGACCUAUCCUUCCUCCCGCACCUCCGGGACACAGCCUCAGACGCUCGACAAGAACCCAGUAUAGGAAGGCUGGAAGCUUAAAGAAAGGCGAAAAGGCACCGUAUUCGAAGCGCAUAGCGAAGACCUCCGAAACACAUGAAACGCUCACGUCGCCCACUGCUUCAUCUGGCGGUCAAGCGGUUUUGGGUCUCACACGGAUGUCCACCGAUCCCACUCCCAGUGUAACACGAGUCCAAGCCCCGGCCAAGUCGACGCAAGGCACACCACAGACGCCUAGCACGACAGCUGGCUCCACUGUUGACUCAGCCACAGAACAGUCGCAAUCAGUGAACGAGCGCCCCCAUGACCCGGCCUUAUCGGAACCAUCUGGCAGGGCAACUUCCCCUCAACAGCCACGCCAAUGGCACUCACGGAUCAGUUCCAAUGGACGGUCAACUGUGAACGUCCCUGCUGCAGACCAGAAGAUACCUGAGAUUGUCGAAACGCCCCCUCCUGGAACUCCUGUCACGCCUUCUGCCCCGCCUUCUGCUUUGAGCCCACAACCGAGCGUUCCUCCGAAAGGACCCGUGGCUCAGGAUAGAAUUCAUGAUCGGAGCUCGAGUAAACGAUCAUUACACGGUCGCACCAGUGGCAAGGAGCCUGCGCCCUCCUUCAAUGAAUUUGCCAACACCCCGCAAGCUUUACCUGGCAACAGCACCCGGACAGACAACCUCUCCUAUAUUCCGACUUUCGAGGAUCGCAAGGCUGAGCCCAAGGAAUCCAAGGAAUCCAAGGAGCCGAAGAAGUCGAAAGAUAAGAAAGAGUCAGAAGGGGGUCGCAAAUCGAGCUGGCACUGGCUGCUGGGUACCGAAGAUAAGGACAAAGACAAAGAAAAGAAGAACAAGGACAGUGACUCCAAAAAGCUCAAGGCCAAGCUGGUUGACAAAGUACAUGAGGCGGCGCAUUCUUCUCCAUCCUCGAACGAUAGUAGUCAACGAGGACGCGAAAGUGUUGUCGUGGAUCGACUGGAUCCCAAGCUAGAAGAGGAGCGCCGGAAAGACAAUGCGCGACGGACCUCUGGAGAAGCCAAGAAGGAGAAGGAGUCUGGGUUGUUCUCCUCCAUCUUCGGUGGCAGUCGGAAGAAGAGCAGUGGUGAUAGUGGCCAUCACCACCAUCAUCAUCACAAGAAGAGCACGUCUCGAAACCUGUCACCCGAGCCGCCUGUCCGUGAGCUGCGGCCAGACGUUGAUUACGCUUGGACUCGAUUCUCGAUUCUAGAAGAAAGAGCCAUCUAUCGGAUGGCUCACAUCAAGCUCGCGAACCCUCGACGCGCUCUAUACUCCCAGGUCCUGCUCAGCAACUUCAUGUACUCAUACCUGGCCAAAGUUCAGCAGAUGCAUCCGCACAUGAUGCUGGCAACAUCAGCGGCGCAGAGGCAGCAGCAAAAACAGCAAGAGGAAUAUCAACAACAGCAACAACAAUAUCAACGAUAUCAAGAGUCUCAGGACCAACAAUAUUCCGAUAGUUCCUACGAUGAUCCCCAAAUGUACGAAUAUAACGACGAUCCACAAGAUCAUUACAGCACCCAUUCGCAAGAUAGCAAAAGUGGCUAUGAGAAUGGCAAUGCAUAUGGUCCGGGGCAUUAUCAAUACGGUCACUCAACAUUUGGCGAUGAUGUUCAGCUUGACGAUGACGAUGACGAUAUGUGGUGACAGGGAAUAUGCAGCUGGUUCCAUUUAUCGCCGUUGGUUUCAUUGCAACUCACAAAAUACCCUUUCUGCCAAGUCUGGUCAGUUCCCACGCUCUGUACACUGCUAUUAGCCUUAACUUCUUGUGUCAUCCUCCCAUUCUUUCAAUCCGUUGGUGGCGAACUCUUCCUUUCUAUGCACAGGGAAUAUAAGGUAUACCGAGCGAGCGCCUUGAAGCUCCUCUUUUCUCUAUAUAGUGGUCCUUUGAAUAUUCCACGAUGACCGGGUAGGGCCAGAUUUGACUUCUCGCCUUGGGUUUAUUUGUUCGCAUAGCGUCUGGGGUUUGUCAAUUACUUUCUGUCCGGCAUGACUGGGUGCCACUUUUUAGAACUCUAAAUAACUCCAAACCGUAUCACAGAUAGUUCUGUGAUGUUUCAUGCUCCAUUC